AUGGAAGAUGAAUAUUACAGCAGCGGAGGAGGAGGAGGAGGAGGAGGCGCGGACUGGGAAGGACCUGACGGAGGCUUAAUGGAGGAUGGUUUUGCUGAUGACGGCAAAAUUCAAGAAACAUGUCUGGAAAAAUUCUCAAGCAGAGAUUAUAUAAUGGAACCAGCCAUUUUUAACACUUUAAAAAUGUACUUCCAGGCGGGUGGCGCUCCAGAGCAUGUGAUCCAACUGCUGUCUGAGAACUACUCUGCCGUGGCUCAGACUGUGAACCUUCUGGCUGAGUGGCUCAUUCAGAUGGGUGUGGAGCCGGCACAGGUCCAAGAGCGAGUGGAGAACCACCUGAAGAGUCUCCUCAUCAAACACUUUGACCCACAGAAAGCAGACUCCAUUUUCACGGUGGAGGGAGAGACCCCUGCGUGGCUGGAGCAGAUGAUCGCUCACACCACCUGGAGAGAUCUGUUUUACAAACUGGCAGAAGCUCAUCCAGACUGCCUCAUGCUCAACUUCACUGUCAAGCUGAUUUCAGACGCUGGGUACCAGGGAGAGAUCACGUCUGUGUCCACAGCCUGCCAGCAGCUGGAGGUCUUCUCCCGAGUCCUCAGGACCUCACUGUCCACUCUGUUGGACGGAGGAGAAGAGAACUUGGAGAAGAACCUGCCCGAGUUUGCAAAGAUGGUGUGUCACGGAGAGCACACGUACCUCUUCGCCCAGGCCAUGAUGUCCAUCCUGUCGCAGGAGGAGCAGGGAGGCUCGGCCGUGAGGAGGAUCGGGCAGGAGGUGCAGCGCUCUGCUCACCACAGGGGCCACGAUGCCAGCCAGAUCACUCUGGCCCUGGGCACCGCUGCAGCGUACCCUCGCGCCUGUCAGGCGUUGGGCGCCAUGUUGUCUAAAGGAGCGUUGAAUCCAGCCGACAUCACCGUCUUGUUCAAAAUGUUCAGCAGCAUGGACCCGCCUCCUGUGGAGCUGAUCCGAGUUCCCGCCUUCUUGGACCUCUUCAUGCUAUCGCUGUUUAAGCCGGGCUCAAAAAUCAACCAGGACCAUAAACACAAAUACAUCCACAUUCUGGCUUACGCUGCCAGUGUCGUGGAAACGUGGAAGAAGAACAAGAGAGUGAACAUCAACAAAGAUGAGCUGAAGUCCACGUCCAAAGCCAUCGAGACGGUUCAUAAUCUGUGCUGCAACGAGAACAAAGGAGCCACGGAGCUGGUGGCGGAGCUGGGAACUCUGUACCAGUGCAUACGUUUCCCAGUGGUGGCUAUGGGGGUGCUGAAGUGGGUGGACUGGACCGUCUCAGAGCCUCGAUACUUCCAGCUUCAGACCGAUCACACUCCAGUUCAUCUGGCUUUGCUUGACGAGAUCUGCACCUGUCACCAGCUGCUGCACCCUCAGGUCCUGCAGCUCCUCAUCAAACUGUUUGAGACCGAGCACUCGCAGCUCGACGUCAUGGAACAGAUGGAGUUGAAGAAGACGCUGUUGGACCGUAAGGUUCACCUUCUCAGCCGCGGAUACGUUCUUCCUGUGGUCGGAUACAUCCGUAAAUGUUUAGAGAAACUCAACACUGACAUCUCCCUGAUCCGAUACUUCGUCACUGAGGUCCUGGAUGUGAUCGCGGCCCCGUACACCUCAGACUUUGUGCAGCUGUUUUUGCCGAUCCUGGAGAACGAGAGCAUCGCAGGAACCAUCAGAGCAGAAGGAGAACACGACCCAGUGGCUGAGUUCAUCACUCACUGUAAAUCCAACUUCAUCAUGAUCCACUGA